UGGGUAUCUCGGGAAUUUUAGAUCCCUGCCUUCAUUCCCAUGCAGCUGUCAUGCUGAAAUUUUUGUUGCCCCUUUUUUUUCUCCGCGUGUAAAUUACGGGUUUUUUUCACGGCGGGGGGAAAACACUUCACCCACGGGCGGAAUACACGGGGAGGGGUGUUGAAAAGUCGUCCUAGAAAGUAGUCCCGGCACCGAGCAAGCACUUUUGCUGUCACUGCAGAGGCAGUUACUCGCUGGCUGGGCCGCGCAACGAACCAGCAAAUAAAGAGCGGGCGAGAAGCGAGCGUGGCAGCGACGGCGGUCUCUAGGCCGGGCAUUACUGGCCCAGUUUUAUUGAUGCGACAGAAACCCCCCCCGGCUGGGAGACGCUGAGUGCGCAGGGGAGACGAAGCCUCGGCGCCGCCUCGGGCGGGAGAAUUCACAAUGACUAAUGAAGAGCCGCUUCCAAAAAAGGUUCGCUUCAGUGAAACAGACUUCAAGGUUCUGCCUAGGGAGGAAUUGAUCUUAAGGUGGAAACAAUAUGAAGCAUAUGUACAAGCUCUGGAGGGCAAAUACACAGACCUUAACUCCAAUGAUGUAACUGGACUGAGAGAAUCUGAAGAAAAGCUGAAGCAGCAGCAGCAAGAAUCUGCUCGAAGGGAAAAUAUCCUGGUGAUGCGUCUAGCAACUAAGGAACAAGAAAUGCAAGAGUGUACCAAUCAGAUCCAGUACCUCAAGCAAGUCCAGCAGCCGAGUGUUGCUCAACUGAGAUCAACAAUGGUGGAUCCAGCCAUCAACUUGUUUUUCCUAAAAAUGAAAGCUGAACUGGAACAGACUAAAGACAAACUGGAACAAGCCCAAAAUGAACUGAGUGCCUGGAAAUUUACACCUGAUAGCCAAACGGGCAAAAAGUUAAUGGCGAAGUGUCGAAUGCUUAUCCAGGAGAAUCAAGAGCUUGGAAGGCAGCUGUCCCAAGGACGUAUUGCACAACUUGAGGCAGAGUUGGCUUUACAGAAGAAAUAUAGUGAGGAGCUUAAAAGCAGUCAGGAUGAACUGAAUGAUUUCAUCAUCCAGCUCGAUGAGGAAGUAGAAGGUAUGCAGAGUACCAUUCUAGUCCUACAGCAGCAACUGAAGGAGACUCGCCAGCAGUUGGUUCAAUAUCAGCAGCAGCAGUCGCAAACUUCAGCCCCAGGUACCAGCAGGACUCCGAAUUCUGAAACCACAGAUCAGGGAGAGGCCAUGGGUAAAGACUGCAGUCGUCUGGCUAAUGGACCAAGCAAUGGCAACUCUUCCCAUCAGAGGACAUCUGGGCCUGGUUUUUAUAGAGAGGGCAGUGGAACAGAGGAUGAUUUUCCACCCUCACCAAGCAAUGGUAAUAAGCUUUCCAACCACUCUGAAGAUAGAACUGGCAGAGGAUCUGGUAGCUAUAUAAAUCAACUCAGUACUGGGUACGAAAGUGUAGACUCUCCCACUGGUAGUGAGAAUUCUCUAACUCACCAUUCAAAUGACACAGACUCCAAUCAUGAUCCUCAGGAGGAAAAAACAGUCAGUGUGAAAGGUAACAGAACUGCGGGGUCUCGUCAUGUUCAGAAUGGUUUGGACUCAAAUGUAAAUGUACAGGGUUCAGUUUUGUAACAUUUUUUCUGCAAUGUUUUUAUAGUGUCGUUAAAAUUGGGAGAAACUGUCCAGAACUGUUCAAAUUAGUGCAUAUAUGUCACAAUUCUGCCUUCGUGGUUUUUUGCUUCAAUACCUCUGCCACUUCUGAAAUUUUAACAAUUACGUUGAAUGUUGCUAAAAGGAAGUUUGUGUAGGCCCAAGGUAUUUUUUUGAGUUAAUGUGAAGUUGAAAAUGGAAUUUAUUUCCAGGUAUAACAAAAUGAUGUCUGUACAAAUUUGUGUAUAUCUAGAACUUGUGCUGUGUAAGGGCAUUCUUUACUCAUACUGUUAUAACACUCUAAAAGUUGUCAUAAUAGUUGUGGGUCAAUGACUGCCAUGUUUGCCCAGUACAGUAGUUUUAUAACUAAAAAGAACUUGGUGAAGGAGUCCUGUAGUAGUUUGUGUUCCAGUUUUGCCACAUGCAUCUGUGUGUUCUCUUUAGGUGACCGAAUGUUUAAGAAUUUUGUGUGCAUAGUUACUCGGUUUAAGAACUGUUGUAUCCUGUUAAUGCAUAUUGCUCUGUGACUCCAAUAUUAUCUUACCUGUACUGACCAAACCUAAAUAAAGAUUUUUAAUAAUGUAAUUUAG